UUAUCUUUGUAUGUGUGGCGGGGGAGAGAGAGACAUAAUGGCUGCCUAAGAGACACCAUAUUAUAUUUGUACUACUCUCUGCAUAUUACCUCCUUUACCACGUAGCGUCGCUGUUGAUCCACCAGAGACAGCGCUAUACUCUGAUAGAACUAAGCCCCUCCUGUUUUCAGGCGAUAGGGACGUUUCUUGAGUCUUUGUUAUAAAGACACAGAGGACGGUGAAACAAACAGAAUUUCCCAGUCAGAAGCUUACCUCGGCAGAUAUCUUCCAUACUGCCAACAACGUGAUAUUUAUGCGUGGUUCAUACUGGAUAUAAUUAUGUCUGCGCCUUAUAGAUGGAGCUAUUUCGGGAUAUAUCUGGGGCUUUUUCUACUGGAUUAUUACUGGAUAACGGUGUCUGGGCAGCUCUCCUAUUCCGUUUCAGAGGAGGUGAACCCGGGGAGUCCUGUUGGAAAUAUUGCGAAGGACCUAAACCUUAAUUCACAAGAGCUGGAAUCCCGUAUGUUUCAGAUUGUUACCGGAUCAAAAAGAAAAUUCUUCGAGGUAAAUCUUAAGACUGGUGUUCUGUAUGUCAGCGAGAGAAUAGACAGAGAGGAGCUUUGUGCAGAGGAACUUAAAUGCUCAGUAAGUGUAGAAGCUGUGAUAAAUAACCCUUUGAAGCUUUAUCGAAUUGACGUAGACAUUUUAGAUGUAAAUGACAAUGCCCCAUUGUUUACGACGAAAUUGCAAAAUUUGUAUAUUGCAGAGAGUACUUUACCGGGAGUGAAAUUCGCAUUAUCUGAAGCAACUGAUGCAGAUGUGGGGAGAAACGGAGUCAGUACUUACAAAUUGAGUCAAAAUGAACAUUUCUCUUUGGCAGUGCACAAAGCAGGUGAUAGUGUGUCUGCUGAGUUAGUGCUGCAGAAACCUUUAGACCGAGAGAAGCAGCCUGUGAUCACCAUGACCCUGACUGCUGUAGAUGGAGGGAGUCCUCCGAAAUCAGGCACCUCACAGCUCAUUGUUAAUGUUUUAGACAACAAUGAUAAUAUUCCAAUAUUCAGUGAAACCUUAUAUAAGACAAAAAUUCCCGAAAACACGCCCCUGGGUACAGUAGUAAUCGCCGUUAAUGCCACCGAUGCAGAUGAGGGUCUAAACAGUGAGAUUGUGUAUUCACUGAGAAGCAAGGAUCAAGAUCAUGUACUUGAUAUAUUUGAAAUUGAAAGUCAGACAGGUGUCAUCAAGGUGAAAGGCAACAUAGACUUUGAAGAAAGAAAGGCUUUUGAGAUACGUGUGGAGGCAAGUGACAAAGGCCAGCCUCCGAUGUCUGCUCACUGUAAGGUGCUGGUAGAAGUGGUGGACUUAAAUGACAACGCUCCAGAGAUCUCUGUGACGUCACUGCAUAACACAGUGAAAGAGAACGCUGAUGUAGGCACCGUAGUUGCACUCGUGUCAGUCCUCGAUAAAGAUGGCGGAAAAAAUGGUGAUGUGAAAAUCCAAAUUAAAAACGAGAUUCCAUUCAAACUCGAAACAAACUACAAAAACUAUUAUUCGUUGUUAGUUGACGGGCAACUGGACAGAGAGAGCGUCUCUAACUACAACGUCACCAUAGUCGCCAGUGAUAAAGGAGUCCCGCCUCUCUCCAGCACGAGUGUAGUUUCUAUACACGUUUCUGAUGUCAAUGAUAACGCACCUCGGUUUGCAGAGCCCGUAAUUAAUGUAUACGUAAAUGAGAACAGUCCAGUAGGAGCAGUUAUUAAAACAGUGACUGCAACUGAUGCUGAUGUCGAGCGUAACGGUCAGGUGAGCUAUUCGUUUUUACAAAGUAAUAGUGACUCGUUGCCAUUAUCUACAAUGGUGAACAUCAACUCAGAGACUGGAGAUAUAGUCAGUCUGCAGGCCUUUAACUUCGAGGAGUUGAAAACGUUUCAGGUUAAAGUUCAGGCUACAGACUCUGGUGUUCCUCCGCUCAGCAGCAACGUGACUGUGAACGUUUUUAUUCUGGAUGAGAAUGACAACAGUCCCUCGAUUCUCGCGCCCUAUUCUGAGCACGGUUCCAUUAACAGUGAGAGCAUCCCCUAUUCUGCUGAAGCGGGAUACUUUGUAGCAAAGAUCAGGGCUGUAGACGCAGACUCUGGAUACAAUGCGCUGCUUUCUUAUCACCUCUCUGAGCCCAAAGGAAACAACCUCUUCAGGAUCGGAACCAGCACCGGGGAAAUCAGGACUAAGAGGAGAAUGAGUGACAAUGACCUGAAAACUCACCCCUUGGUGGUGUUGGUUUCUGAUAACGGAGAACCCUCCCUGUCAGCUACUGUGUCUAUUGAUGUGGUGGUGGUUGAAAGCACAGCUGACAUCCAGACUCAGUUCAGACAUGUGCCCAUAAAGGAGGACAGCUUCUCUGACUUAAACCUGUAUCUGCUGAUCGCCAUUGUGUCGGUGUCAGUCAUCUUUCUGCUGAGUCUCAUCAGUUUAAUAGCUGUCAAAUGUCACAGGACAGACGGCAGUUUCAGCAGGUACGGCCCUCCAAUGAUCACCACCCACCCUGAUGGGAGCUGGUCUUACUCUAAAGCUACUCAGCAGUAUGACGUCUGUUUCAGCUCAGACACGCUCAAGAGUGACGUAGUGGUUUUCCCCGCACCGUUUCCGCCUGUAGAUGGAGAACUGAUCAGUAUUAACGGAGGAGACACUUUUACCAGGACUCAGACUUUACCUAAUAAAGAGAAGGUAAGAAACCUAUGAGAAGGCAACAAGAUUCUUUUUGUGUUUUAUGCAAAUAACUGAGGUUAACCAUGUCGUUCCUUGUUAUGUGUUAUGUUUAUCGGUACGUGUUAAAGUAAUGAUAAUACUGUUGUCAACAGAUAGUAAGCCUCGUCACUCGCCACUCCAAGAGCACCAUAGAAAUAUGUGUAUGUCCAUGGUGUGGUGCUGAAAUAAGCACCACAGUGUGUGGUGUGUGCGAUGCAAAAUAGAAAUUCCAUUUGCUGUAUGGUGUCUUUUCCUGUAACCCGGCAUAUUCUGGAGUUUGCAUACAAUUAUAUACUAUUAUAUGCUAUUUCUGACGCAUUAACGGAUCUCAUCACAUUUAGAGACAUUAGCCUAUUUGUAUAUUUUCAUUACUGUAAUUCAUAGAUUUAAGAUAAAUAGAGAAAGGCAGUA